AUGGCCGACGCAACGGGGAAACACCCUGAAAUGACUUUGGAAACCAAAUUCAAUGUCAACUUUGACAGGGUAUGUGCAGCGUUCUGGUGCCUGAUUGCAGCCUGUGCAGAGCAGACGCAGCAGCCUACAACUCCUGCCCCACAGCUCCAGACAGAAGCCCUUCCAACAUACAGCUCUACCGCCCCAACACAUGCCAUACACAUGGAUGACACUAAUGUCUCCGCCGCUUGGUGGUCUUCUGGGCUGGGUACUCACCUGGAGAUAACUCGCCUUCGCCAGCCAUACAACCAUGGAGACAACUGGGAACCUGGAGAAACCCUGGGCCCACAAUCUCCAAAAUGGGUCUAUGGUAAAAAGGCGCGAGUUCCUUUUAAGGCCAAAGACGCGUGGCACACAGGCUACGCAAGUCCACGAAAAGCUGGAAGCAACUAG